AUUUAUAAUAUAACUAUUAUAGUGGAAGAUGUCAAGUUUUGAUCUACACUCAGAUUUUUUUUUUGUAGCUUCCUUGACCAUUGAUAGUAUGUUAUUCAUGUGUUACCUUGGAAGCUUAAUGAUAAUGAUUUAGUCCUUCACAGUUGAUCAUUGUAUAAUAUUUCUGUUAUAGUCUCUAGUUAUAGUUGUUCUGCUCACUUUUUCUGAAUUCAUCCUGUUCAUUGUUCCUUAUGGCAUAAUAGUAAUCCAUUACAACCAUAUUCCACAGCUUGAUCAUUCAACCACUAAAUAAUGGACAACCCCUCAGUUUCCAAUUCUUUGCCACUAUAAAAAGAGCUGAUAAUAAUAUUUUGGCACAGUUAAUUCCUUUUAUUCUAUCUUUGAUCCAUUUGGGUGAGAUUGUUGUAUAGACCUUUGGGUAUUGUUUCAUAUAAGUCUCUAGAAUGGUUGUAUCGAUUCACACUAUCACCAAUGAAGUUUAUUAGUGUUCCAAUUUUCCCACCUCCUCUUCAACAUUUAUCAUUUUCCAUUUUGGUCAUGUUAGCUAAUCUGAAGGGUAUGAGAUCAUUUUGCAGAGUUGGCUUAAUUUUCAUUUCUUUCAUCAAUAGUGAUUGGGAAUUUUUUAAAAUAUGGCUAUGUAAAGUUUUAAUCUCUUCUGAGAAAUGCCUAUUCAAAUCCUUUGACCAUUUCUCAAUUGAGGAAUGUUGUGUAUUAUAAAUUUGACUCAGUUCUCUUUAUAUUUAAGAAAUGAGACUUUUAUCAAAAAUUGCUAUAAAUUUUUCCUCAGAAUUUGUUUUUUCAUUUCUAAUCUUAAGUACAUUUGUUUUAUUUGUGCGAAACCUUUUUAAUAUAAUGAAAUCAAAAUGCCCUUUUAAUCAAGUAUGCCGAUGAUUUAUUUAUUUUAUUUUUUCAUAAAACAAACUAUUUGUCUUAUUUUAUUAGUUCUAUGGUUUUCUUACUUUCAAUCUAUUCAUCCCUUGCUUGAUUUUCAUGAUUUCCAAUUUGCUGUUUAAUUGAGGAUUUUUAAAUUUGUCCUUUUCUAGGAUUUUUAGUUGUAUCACCAAUUCGCUUAUGACCUGCUUUUUUUCUACUUUACCUGAUAUAAGCAAUAAGAGAUGUGAAUUUUCCUCUAAGUACGGCUUUGGCUACAUGCUAAAAAAUUUGAUAUGUUGUCUCCUUAUAAUCAUUGUCUUUAAUGAAAUUAUUGAUUGUUUCUAUGAUUCAUUCUUUGACCCAUUUAUUCUUUAGGCAAAAAUUUGUUUAUAUCUAUCAUAUGCCAUACGCCAUAAAUUUAUUUAUUGGCAAAUAGAGAAGGUUUCCUAUUUUAGCUAUAAAUAUCACUUGUAUAAAUUGUUCAUUAGAAAACACCUUUUUCCUGGGUGCCAUCCAUUACUUGCAUUCCUUUUGCACUGUGAAUCUGUGAACAUUUGGAGUAUCACUGUCAUUGCUAACAGAAGGAAAUCUGGUUCAGCCUUAUGAAUCUGAGAUCUGGAAGAAUGAAUACUGGUGAAUUGAGCAACAGUUGGAAAAUGAAUGCUGUACUUCAGGGGCUGACUUUUUUUUGGCUGCCAAGUACCAACAAUUAAUAUGAUUGUUGUUCAGAGAAUAUUAGAACCUCUAGUGUGAGGGCUUGCUGAACACUUUUCAGGGCUGCUUAUCUACCUUUGGUGUCUACUUGUCACUCAGCUCUCACCUGUGGUUCCAAAAAGUUGUAGCAUGUGGAGCAGCCUGUUAAAACUGAACAGAUGGGUUAAGUUAGGUUGAUAUCUACUCCAGGCUUGUGAAGACCUCCUCCUGGAAUAGGUGGAUGAGAAAAUUUGCUUCAGUAGCCAUGAAUGUAGCUGAAGUAAGCACUGUGGAGUGCGUAGAGUUUGGUUGGACAUCUAAGACACUAAAGUCAUUUAGGUUCAGUGUCAAUCAACUAGGUUCAGUGUCAGUUAUCCAGACUUUUGUCUUGCCAAAGGAUUUAGAUGAUUCUGCAAGAAAGAGUGAGGCUGACAAUUUUGUGCAACUCACUUAAAUCCAAUUCAUACACAAGUGAAGAUAUUACUCUGUGAUGUCACUGGUACUUUUCAAACAUAAGGAUCACCACCACCACUGCCAACUGAUUAAUCAACAUUUUUGACUGUCUCAUCCUUUUAAGUCUUCUUCAAUCUAGCUUUACUUGUUUUAAACUGCCCUUGCAGCGGGACUAGUAUUUUCUUGGUAGAUAUCCUAGAUCAUCAGUCUUAGAAGGAACCUCAAAGACCACCCACUUUAAUCCCUUCAUUUUGUAGGUGAGAAAAAUGAGGCCCGGAGAAGAUAUUCAGAUAGUUACCUUCCCAGCGGUGACUUCAUGGCUUCUGGCUCUAAAAUCAAGGCCAAAGAGACCCAAAUAAAAAAAGAAAAAGAAGAAGAAGAAAUAGUAGUGGAGGAAGAGAUUAUUAGCACUGGAAAACCUACAGAGGGAAAGGCUAAAAAGGGAUUUUCCUGGUUCCGCAAUAUCAAAGAACGCAAGCUGUGGAACUUCUUUCAUUUUAAAAAACAUGACAAACAAGUAAAGAAUGUGCACAAGUGGGAAGAAAUUGAUCAAGAGGUAUUGGAUGAUUACUGUCCUUAUUCUACUGAAGCCCCUAAAACAUUGCCAACACAGUGGACAAAUAUUGAAGUUGGUAAUUGGUUAUGGAGCAUUGGAAUGGAGGAGUAUGUUGUAAAAUUUUAUUGUAAAGGAAUAAAUGGUGGAAAACUCCUUAUACUGGACAAUCGCUCGCUAAAAGAAAUCGAAGUCAACAGGAAGAAAGACCGCCGGAAAAUACUUAAGGCUAUUAAGAAAAAUAGAGAUUUUUUGGAAAAAAAUCAUAUUUGGGUCUUACUAUAGAAAUUGAUGGAAAGAAGACACAGAACCUGAAAUAUAUGGCAAAAAUGGAAAAUGCAAUUACUUUUAUUAUAUUGAAUUUUCAUCAUUUUACUUGUAUGUUACUUUUGCUAUAUGAACUUUUAAUCAUUUUAUUACUGUUAUUCUGUUAUAAUUAACUUUUAAUCAUUUUGUUACUGUUACUUUUGUUGUUAUUAACUUUUAAUCAUUUCACUUCAAUGUUACUUUUGUUAUAUGAACUUUUAAGGGAUUUACUUCCAUGUUACUUUUGUUAUAUGAACUUUUAAUCAUUUCACUUCUAUUUUACUCUUGUUAUAUGAACUUUUAAGGGAUUUUACAUCCAUGUUGACUUUUGUUAUAUGAACUUUUAAGGGAUUUUACUUACAUGUUACAUUUGUUCUAUGAACUUUUAAUCAUUUCACUUCUAUGUUACUUUUGUUAUAUGAACUUUUAAGGGAUUUUACUUCCAUAUUACUUUUGUUAUAUGAACUUUUAAUCAUUUUAUUACUGUUAUUCUGUUAUUAUUAACUUUUAAUCAUUUUAUUACUGUUACUAUUGUUAUUAUUAACUUUUAGUCAUUUCAUUUCCUUGUUACUUUUGUUAUAUGAACUUUUAAGGGAUUUUACUUCCAUGUUACUAUUGUUAUAUAAACUUUUAAUCAUUUUAUUACUGUUAUUCUGUUAUUAUUAACUUUUAAUCAUUUUAUUACUGUUACUUUUGUUAUUAUUAACUUUUAA